AUGGCGCAGGCUGAAGAGUUAAAUCUCUCCACAAUUUCCCAGCCCCAUCAUCAAUGGAGAAUUCCUGGCCUCCUAACCGGGGCCGGUGACCUUUGCGGUGCUGCCGUUGUAUGGUAUAAGCAUGAUCUGCGAGUAGAUGAUCAUCCCGGUCUUGUGGCUGCUGCUUCCCAACUGCAAUCGGUCGUUCCUCUCUAUGUCUUCGAUCCCCGAAUAAUUUCCGGUUUGUCAGAUGAGAUGCUUGAUCUUCUUCUUUUUGCUUUGAAAGAUUUAAAAAGGCUGCUAAAAGAUCAGGGAUCUGACCUCUUUGUGGGCUUUGGAAGUUCAGAAGAUGUUAUAAUAAAAAUUGUCAAUGAGGUCAAAGCUACCCAUGUUUUCACAGAGGAGGAUGUAGACUACAAUAUUCGUGUGGUUAUUAGUAAUGUUGAAUCUCGCUUAUCAGCAACUUGGUUUCCAUGGGGAAGUUCAAAGAUCAUGUUUUGGAAAGCUCCUUUAUAUAAUGUUAAGAACAUGGAGGAACUGCCAGCAUCAUACAAUACCUUUCAAAAGUUGAAAUUGUGUCCGUCCAAUCCGACUGCUGCCCCUAUGUUACCCGUGUUAAACAUAGGAUUGGAAAGAGGUGAUCUCCCAACAAUUGAUGAUCUAAAAAGUUACCUGAAUGAUGAAAGUUGGACUUAUAUGAAAAAAAUAUCGGCUCAAGCUAUUUUGCAAAAGAAGAACUGCAAAGAAAUUGCGGAGAAAGAAGAUCGCAUUGAAGGCCCUGAUAAUGGUUUAAAAAUCUCUUCAAACACUACUGUGGUGCAUAAAAUGAAGAAAUUCAAUUCGUUAUUUGCUUCUCAUAAUGGUUCUCAAGUGAAAGGUGGAACAGUUGCUGUCUUGAACGCUUUGUCGGGUUAUCUGAGAUAUCUUGAGGGAACAGGAAGGGAUGAUUGGCAGGAGGUACAUGAUAAAAUGGGCAAGGCUGAAAGCAGAAGUGGAGCCUCAUUUGGAGCACUUUUUGGAGCUUCCCUUUAUUUUGGAACCAUAUCUAGGAGGAGAAUUCAUUAUGAGGCUAUUAAAUAUGAGAAGGAACGUAAUGCAGGGUUCUUGUCUCCUUUUGGAUACUCCUCACCUACUGUUGCAGCAGCAAUUGAGACUGUUUGUUCCAUGGAGUGGUAUCGGCAUUUGGCAUUGAAAAGUCUUUGUCAAAAUGAAGGCAUAUGCUCUAUACGGAUAUGGAGAUGGAGAGGUUUUCUGAUUCAGUACACAGUAGCUGGUCAGGAGGGGCCCCCAGUACUUUUCGUCCAUGGUUUUGGAGCUUUCCUUGAGCACUUUCGUGAAAAUAUCUCUGUUAUGGCCAAGAGUGGACACCGAGUUUGGGGAAUUACACUUUUAGGUUUUGGGAGGUCUGAGAAGCCAAAUGUUUUGUAUAACGAACCCAUGUGGGCAGAAUUACUGAGAGACUUUAUAGUUGAUGUUGUGAGAGAACCAGUUCACCUUGUUGGAAACUCCAUCGGGGGCUAUUUUAUAGCUGCAGCAGCUGCUUUUUGGCCUUCCUUGGCCAAGUCAUUGGUCCUUGUUAACACAGCUGGUUCAGUGGGUCCUAAAUAUUUACAUAUGCAAUUAAAUGAGCCAAAAGCUUCAUCUGGAUUUGCAUGGAUAGGUAGCCGUCUUCUACUGUUCUAUCUAAAGUUAAGGGCUGCAGAUAUUCUCAAGAACUGCUAUCCAACUAAUCCCGAACGGGUUGAUGCUUGGCUCAUCAAUGAAAUACUAAGAGCUUCAUAUGAUCCCGGUGCUCUUAUCGUUCUUGAGAGCGUGUUCAACUUCAAACUGCCAGUUCCUCUCAAUUAUCUAUUGGAAUGGUUUGGGGGAAAGGUUUUGUUUAUUCAGGGGGUGCGAGACCCGCUCUCCAACUCCAAGGAACGGCUCUCCGUGAUUCGGAAGUACUGUAGCUUGGCCACUAUUAAAGAACUAGAUGCAGGUCAUUGCCCUCAUGACGAGCGUCCAGAGGAGGUUAAUCGUUUAUUACGAGAAUGGAUACUAACUGCUGAACUAAGCAACCCGUAGGUGAGGAGAAGCUGAUUUUUCUUGUGGGGUUUCAGAACCGCACAUCUUUUCUGAAGGCCUGGAGCCUGCUCCUGCAGGCCUGAUGUGGAGAUGUGCACGUACUGCUCCAG